AUGACCAGGCUAUUGCGCUGGAACGAUCCGUCAGAAGAUGUUGAACAUAUCGAGCCCAACGCGACGCGAAACUACGGCCAGCGAUGGGGCCCUCAAGCUAUCAAAGGCGCGAUUGAACGUCUUCGCGUCGACUUCGUCAUCCGUGGUCACCAGGCGAUGACGAACGGCGUGCGCCGAUUUGCCAACCUCCCGUUGGCCACCGUCUUCUCGUCGUCGUACUACCUAAACGAGGAGAAUUUCGGCGCCGUUCUAUUCGUCAAUCCUGUGAAAAACGAGAUCGUGCCGAUCUUCAUCGUGAGCCACAAGGACAGCAUCGAGACGCAAGAGGAAUUCGACGAGAAGCUGCGUGAGGGCUGGAAAGUCGAUGAUUAUGCGGUCAUCCCCGACGACAUCACGGUGAAGGGAGAAAAGAAAUCUUCGCUGUUUGCGUCGAAGGCCGUUCUUCAUGCAAAGGACUGUGACAAGCCAUGUGAAUAUCAAUUCGGCGCCGCCACAUAUGAGGACUGUGUCAUUCUGGAUAUCUCGGAUCCGGUUGGAAUCAUUCCCUUCUUCACAGCUCGACGCACAUUGUCCGGCCCGUACGCCACUUUCAUGGAUGAAACGGAGAACUUGAUGCUUGGUGCCAUCCUGCCGUUCUCGUCGCAAAAUGAGAAAAAUGGUCGUGUUCGCCGCCAAGAUGACAUCCCCGAGAAGAUUCAAUACCCACGAUGCAUCAAUGUGGCCGGAUUGGCGGGCGAGGAUCUGAAGAGGGUCAAGGACGACCUGUUUCUGAACUGCGACACGAACAUCUUUGUCCAGUUCCGAAACGGCAACACCAGCGGACUGGCCAUCGACCCGCCACCAUGCGAGGGAGCUAAUGACACUAAAAUCUGCACGCAUCGCUAUGGAGUCCCAACGGAAACAACCCACAUCCCCGCGACCAUCGCAGCUGCUGCUCUAUCGACUGAGACGUUGAUCGGAAUUGGGGCUGGUGUCGGAGGCGUGGUGCUGCUGCUGCUCUGUGGGGUACUGUUGGGCUGCAUGCUCAAAAAG